CUCCAGCCUGUCGCCUCCACUCUCCGUCUCCGUCUCCCUCACUUUCCACAGUGCCCUUGCUUUCGCGUCUACCUUCCUCUCCCCUUCCCUCUUCCCUCUCUCUCCCCCCCCCCUCCUCCUCCUCCUCCUCCUCCUCUGUGCCGGACUCGCUCUCAUUCCCCGUCGCUCACACACACUCAGGCAGCUUCCUCCCCUCUCCACUCCUACCUUCACACUCACCUCUUCGCGCCUCCCUCUCCGCUCCUCUCGCUUCCUUCCUUUCCAUCACCUACUAACACAUAUCAUCUCCCUCGCAUCCCCCCUCCGUCUGCCGUCUCCCUCUCCCUGCACGCUGCCUCUCCUCCAUCUCUUCCAUUGUUCCCUCCUUCUCCCCAUACUCACCCUCGCACAAACGCACGCAUACACACACUCAUGCUGAUUGGCAGCCAAGGACAGAGCACCCUCUCUCUCGUACCGGCUACCGGGCAGUUUGCUGGUGUGGCCAGGCUACUUGACACUGAGCUCAGCUGAGGAAGAGGACUGGGACGAGGAAGAGGAAGAGGAAGAGGCCAUGGAGCACAACCACAUCUUUCCUGUUUUUCCCCAAAACGGGAGCGCCUGGGGCCCGGGGCAGCGCUCCUCCGAGGCUGCCCAGGGAUGCCCUCUAGGACCACUGCCUGUCAUCUACUACAGCGUCCUGCUGUGCCUCGGCCUGCCAGCCAACAUCCUGACGGUGGUCAUCCUGUCCCAGCUGGUGCUGUGUCGCCAGAAGUCCUCCUACAACUAUCUCCUGGCGCUGGCGGCCGCCGACAUACUCGUGCUGCUCCUCAUCGUCUUCGUCGACUUCAUCCUGGAGGAUUUCAUUCUGGCCACGCCGCUGCCGCCGUCGCUGAACAGCGCCGUGCAGGUGCUGGAGUUCUCCUCCAUCCACACGUCCAUCUGGAUCACCGUCCCCCUCACCAUCGACCGCUACAUCGCCGUCUGCCACCCGCUGCGCUACCACGCCGUCUCGUACCCGGCGCGCACGCGCAAGGUGAUAUUUGCCGUCUACUUCGGCUGCCUGAUCUCUGCAGCGCCCUACUACUGGUGGCCCGAGCUGUGGCACAGCCUGCCGGGGCAGGGCCGGGGCGGGGACGCGGGCCAGGGCAGAACCGCGGCCCAGCACGUCCUGGUGUGGGCCCACUGCGCCACCGUCUACCUCCUCCCCUGCACCGUCUUCUUCUCGCUCAACGCAGUCAUCGUGCGGAAGCUGCGCAGGCGCCGCAGCUGCUUCCGCCUGCGCGGCUACUCCACGGGCAAGACCACCGCCAUCCUGCUCGCCAUCACCUCGGUGUUCGCCGUCCUGUGGGCGCCGCGCACCCUCAUGAUCCUCUACCACUUCUACUCCUCGCCCCCGGCCUCGCAGGGCGCCGGCCGCCUGCUCCACACGCUCACCGACCUGGCCAACAUGCUGGCGCUGCUCAACACCGGCGUCAACUUCUUCCUCUACUGCUUCAUCAGCAAGCGUUUCCGGGGCAUGGCGGCCAACGUGCUGCGGGCGCUGGUCCAGUGCCGGAAGCAGCCGCCGCCAUUUUACGCCAGCCACAACUUCUCGAUCACGAGCAGCCCCUGGAUCUCACCAGCCAACUCCCACUGUAUCAAGAUGCUGGUGUAUCAGUACGACAAGAACGGGAAGCCCGUCUGCAUCUCGUCCUGAAGCGACGGCAGCUGCUCAACCCUGGGGGAAACUUCGGGUUUCGUCUCCUCGACAACCAGCUUUGCCUGCAUUGGGACACUUUGAGGCGCCAUAAUGUCGACAGGCCCAAAAGGAACGGGCGAUCAUUUAGCUAGCGUACGCGCUAACAGAGUGGUAGACUAGCGGAGUGGAAGGAGCAAACGGACGAUGAGUGUGAGCCGUUCACAAAGCGCCGACGAGCAUCGAGUAGAUGUUGAUUGUUCCCUCCAUGCAAAAAAAACCCCAUCGUCCUUCAGCGACUUUUAUGAGCCGCCGCUUGGAGGAGCGCCGGCGUCCCGUCUGCGCUGACAGGUAGACGAAUCCUCGGCGAAGCAUCGAGCAUCGCACGCCUGGUGAUUUCUCCGUGGAUAGUCUGCUGUACACUGCCGUCAACGAAGCAGAGAUCAGUCACAGUCUGGGCAUUAACCAUCUCACCCGCAGGGUGAUCCACUCAGGCACAGCCGCUGACAACGUGUCCACUGCCCUGGUCUCGAAAACAAUGUAGAACAGCGCUGUCACGUCCAGUUCAAUAUGCACACGGCCGCCGAAGCAACUGAAACGGGGGCUUUUUGGGGCCGAACGGCCGCCCUCGACGUUCCCCACCUGAGCGCUGGGUUCAUCCGACCAGUCAGCGAUGGCAGUGGAAGUGGUGCUGGACGUCGUAGUGCCAGUUCACACUCUGCUUAUCGUUGGUGAAGUAUUUAUUAAUGGUAGACUUGACUGUUAAUGUAGCUCCACUCAAGUACAAGACAAAAAAUAGGACUUGGGGACAGAGUAGCCCCAGGGUGUCAUGAAUCUAAUAAUCACAUUAUUAAUAUUAGAAGGAGGAAAUUUCUGCUAUUAGUAGAUAGUCCUCUGUUAAUUAUUAAUGAUCCUUCAUGACUUACUGUUAGCCAUUACCUGGAUGGGCUUAACGAAUGUACGCCUCUUUAACCCUUUAGCUCCGCGAGAGACAGACAGAGAGAGAGACAGCAGGACGAGCUGCUCUCUUGGCCUCUGGUUUGUUUUCCCAGUUCGGUGUGUUUUCUAUCCCACGGUGCCGCACUGAAAUCUCAGCUCCGCUCACUCUGCUGCCGGCCGACAGCGGCCCAGUAACGCUUCGCAGCGUAACGCAGUCACGAACGUCGGCUCGGUCUCGAGUCCUGCCCGGCAACAAACCAUAAAUGUGAACACACACACACACACACACACACCUUGCACCGUGCCAUAUUGCCCACAGAAGUAGCACGCUGAGAUCAAUGCACAUCCAUUCUGCAGACACCUUAGGGCAUUAGAGGUAUUCAUCUAUCCGGCGGGAGUGGAGCUGAGCCAAAGGGCAUUUCUGUUAAUACCCGCCUGAAGGGCUCAGACACAUCAGGCCGUUUUAAUGGAUAAAGCUUUAAAUCUGAUGAAUGGUAGGCGUGUCUGUCAUCGCUGAUAAAGUCGCGGCCUCCAAACUCUUGUUCGACACUCCAACAUCUGAGACCCUCGGGUGAUGGCUGCCUGUGUGUCUGCGCUCUUACUCUCACCUUGGCCAGUCGAAAAGCAAAAAAAAAAAAAGGCAAGACUCAUAGUUCUGACUGUUAUUCGCUUCAGUUCGGAAUGUUGCGGUAACAUUAGCCCAGCUUGUCCCGCGCCAAACAAUUAAAUUGCCCAUCCAGCUGAAUCUCAUAGUGUCUGUGAUGUGAAUGUUGCCCUCUCCCAUCCAUGAUAUUCUGGGUUAAACCUGAGAGGCAGAACAUACGAUGCAUGUACUGUAGGAUUCAUAUACGUUUAAUUCAAUCAAAGGACAUAUAUUUUAUAUAAAUAAGAAAAAUUAUGGAAAAAACCUGAUAGAAUCACAUAAACAAUGGCUGUGAAAAUAGCAAUAAGACAAUACUCUAUAAUGGUUAAAGCUAAUGGACCUGUGUAUUAUUGUAAAUAAAAUCUUUCAGUUUCUGCUCUAUUUGCACAAAUACUGACUGUCAGCUUACGAGACAGUUUGUCUGAUUUCCUCUCCCAUCGUGGGAGCGAGGGGCGAACCCCCCGUCUCUCUCCAGCCUCCCUCUUCCACUUCGAUUGUACACUCGACUGUUUUCAUUUCUUUCUUCUGCACAAAUUGAUUUUUCCUCAAAAUUGCAAAGUGAACGGUGGGAGUGCUGAUUGCCACCUGCUCCUCGCGGCCUCAAUCGCUGCUCCUGCCGCUCGUCCCCCUUUUCCACCACUUUAUGUCAAAGUGUCCUCCUCGCUCAUUAACUAAUUACCUUGCACUCCUCUGUGCUCCGUGUGCACGCUGAGCACGUUGGCCCAUCAUUUCUUAUCAGGUAAUUGAUCCAUGCUGUUGGAGGACCUUCGGUGGAAGGUGGUGUGUGUGGAGCGUUAUUUGAUGGAGAUGAAUGACUGAAGGGUCGAUAACUAGCAAUCACUCAGCAAGUUCCUUGACCUCCAGUCCAUCACAGUCACACACAGCAGGAUGUUGCAUUUCAUUUAGUGCUAAGGCAUUAAAUGGUGUGCUUUGAGUCUAAUCAAUACUAUCGAAUGUUUAAAACUGUACGAAGGUGGGAUCGCCAAAAUAAGAGCCCAGAUAUUAUAUGGGCUCCAGCCGGAGGAGCUAAUGUCUGACCAGUGUUGCCAUGACAUUCAGCUACACGUGUCAAAGCCGUCCAGUGUUUUGGGCAUGUUAAUGUGACAUUUGUGUGAGCGCCAGCAGCUCAAGGCAGACAUGCUGGGAAGCCAGCGUGGAGGAGGAGGGCGGAGCGCGCCGCAUGCAGGUGUCCCUUUGUGUCCCACACGGGAGCAGGUGGGAGGGUGCGGCGCACGCGGCGGGCGGAUGCCAAGAAAUCCUCCUCGCCGUGAGGAAAAUAAAUGCCCAGGAUCUCCAUUUUCUUCAGCCAGAUAUUAAAAAGAUAAGCAAACAUAAAUCAAUCAGAGGGGAAAAUUGUAUUUUCUCGCUCACACAUCCAGCUCUGCUCACUUUCCUCUCUGUCUCUCUCUCUCUCUCCCUCCCGCUCUACCUGCUUCGAAUGUGUGUGAGCGCGCAUGGGAGAGCGUGUGUCCGUACGUGAAGUCCGUGUUAGACAGAAUGAAGCUUUAAAACGUGUUCGUGCCAUAGGACCUGUAACGUAUGAAAUCAAAUAUGUAUUUGGAUAUUAAGUAAAUACAGCACAGUAUUAUAACAAUAUAUCUAUGAAUGUACAACUGACGCUUCUGGCAUUGUAUUUUUCUGAUUGUGAUUUUCUACACGAGGACCUUUUUUGAGCAGUCUUUUACCUCUCGCUCCAUUGGCAGUGUUUCAGAACCGUGCUUUCGAUUGUGCUGGAGUGAUCGUAGCCUCGCAGUAUUCCGUUUCCUCCUCCUAAUGAAUGUACUGACUCUAUAAAGUAUGUAUUAACGUGCUGUGAGAAGGUAUGCAUCUAAAUAUUUUUGAUUAAAGAAAUAAAGAAUCGCUAACGCCUCAGA